AUGGCUGCGACGGGCGACUAUUCGGGUGCGUCUUUGUUCGACACUCCGGCUACGACCAAAGACGUCGGCGUGGCAGCGAUCGACGCCUUUCGCGCGCUCUCACGCUUCACAAGCGCACAGAGCUCCCUCGACAUCUGCAGUACCAAAGUCAUCACCCCUCUGCUACCAAAGCCCUCCGACAACACCAAGUACGCGGCGCCGUCAUCAUCAUCGACGACCUCAAUAUCCAAAUCCGGUGCCUCUCGUGGCGCGUACUGCAUGGGUAGAUUCGGCGUCCUAAUCGUUCUCGGUAUCUGGAGGCGGUGGGGCUUCUGA